AUGGUCACACCUCACAACAAGACGUGGAUGGACCCCGACCCCUAUUUGCGCCGUUUGCUUACUCUUUCCAAAAACGAAAAGGAGACCAUUGUCAGCGAUGUCCGCAAAAGCAUGCUUGAGCCUGCAGAGCCACACAAGAAGACCGACUGGCAAUUGGUCACUCAGCGCUUGGAAGAGAAGUUUGCGCCUUUGUUGAUGAUGUUGGAGGCGGCGUUCCGGGUGUUUGAGAAUGAACUGGACAAGGGCGAUCUAGGCGAACCGUUGGAAAACGUCGUGGGCGACCUCUCGAGAAUCACCUACAACAUUGUCAGACGGUACGCCGCGAGGGACAUCAGAGACGACAAUGCACAGCGGGAAGAUGCUUUCAAGAAGGCUGUAGAGGACUACGCCUCCCAUACUUACCCAUUGACCACCAGCAUGGAGAGUUUGAUCUACUCCUCCAUCUACAAAAUCACCCACGAAAUGAUGACCCACAUUUUUGACAUCUACUACACCAGCAGAGAAAUGCUCCACGAUAUCUACGUGGAGCCCUCCAGCGACCAUCAUGACGAAUUUAAAAAGACUCUUCUUCUGGAAAGGAAGGCGCUUUCAGAGUUCAUGGGUGUGUUACGCUGGUCGAUAUUCACCCGUUGCAACGAGGCGUGUGCAUGGGACGAAAUCUGCUAUUCUCCUACGUGGGGACCUGGACCGUUUGGGUGGGGAGCCAAUGACAAGUACAUGUACCACGACGGUGACCGAUACAGGAUUCCCAAAGACUUGUCUUGCGUCAGCUGGAAAGACGUGAGUAGACGCUAA